AUGCCAACGGCGCUCAACCAGGCACCUCCAGUGAAGGCUCCAAAGGAGCCUCCGGUGGAACCAGCCAAGGCGAAGACCCCGGUGAAGGCCUCGCCUCGCAAGGUGCCUCCGGCGCCGACUCCAGCGCCGACGAAUCCGGUGCCCUCCGCGGUCGACUUAGAUGAGGACUUCGACGAUGCGGACUUGAUGGCGGGAAGGGCCGCGCGUCGCGUAAAGCCGGCACCACCCGACCCCGCGGAGCCCGACGAGGGGACCGAGGUGCAUGGGGGGACGGACCGGAGUACGAAGAAGAGGAGCAAGAGUACGACCCCUUCACGGGCGAGUGAGGAGCGGGAGGGACGUUCGUUGCAGUGUGAAUGGAAAGCGCAGGAACGCCGAAAGAAGAAGAAAAAGACACACAAGAAGCAUGGGAAGCCACCAGAUCAUAGCAACAACGUGAAGUUGCCAGCUUUUGAUGGCGUUCAGAAACACUACAGAGAGUAUCGAGGAGCAGUAAAGAGGUAUGCAGAGUUGGUGGGGAAUUCUGGCACUGGCUUAUUAGCCGUCCACCUCAAACUCACCGGUGAAGCCCUGGAGAUUGCAAAGAACUUGAGUGCCUGA